UUCAGUUGUUUUACAAUGAUCAUAUACACCCACCAGUGCAAAGUUUUAUUUGCUAUGCUUCCAGGACCUUCUUGUGGCGCGGGAAAUGAACGAGUGUGGGCUCGUGCAGCCACAGCGUCAGCUUUGUUCACUGCUGAACUGCUGCACGGUGUGUUCACGUCUCUCUGUUUGUCUGGACAGAAAGAAAGAGAAAUGCCGGCCACACGCUCAAAGAAACUGGCAGCCCAGCCUCAAUCUACCAGGAUGAGUUUGAGGAGCUUCCGCAGCUCCCCGCUAGUUCCCAUGGAGACCUCCUCUUCCUCUUCUGAUGACAGCUGUGACAGCUUUGGCUCUGAUGGGGGCUUUGCAAAUACGAGGAGCAGCUUGAGAUUGAGAAGGACGAUGGCAGAGAAACCAAAGGUGUUCGAGGCUACAUCAGAGGAGGAUACAUGCAGCGGGUUUGAGGAGAAUGUGAUCAACAGUCAGAUGAAAGCCAUGAAAGUGGACUCUCCAAGACGAGGCCGCAGGUCCACUGGCUUCAAGGUUGCCAUGACUUUCCCCACCAAGAAGAUGGGCAAGAACAGACCUGCGUCAGAACCUCUAGCUCAAACUAAAGUAGAGGACUCCAACGCUGAGGAAGAGGAGAACUUCAUGGACAAGAGAGCGCUGAACAUCAAGGAGAACAAAGAAAUGCUUGCAAAGCUCAUGGCAGAGCUGAACAAAGUACCUGGACUCUUCCCAAGACAGAGGGCAAGGUCCACAUCCACCACGCCUCGACAGACGACUUGGCGCUCCAUGGGAACUCCAGGAGCUCUUAGAAGAAACCCGGAGCGUUCAUCCCGUCCCCACACACGGUCCCGCACACUGGUGGACGGACCCCCCAGCCCGACUCCAGAGGAUGAACCCGAGGACAAGUUCAGCCUGGUUCGCAAAAGCCGCUACUUUGAGGAAUAUGAUGAGCCACCCCGUCGUCGUUCCUUCAACGGUUCCAAGGCCCUCCCUCAUGUAGUGAGGCCUGUGGAUGAAAUCACAGAGUGCGAACUGGAGAACAUCUGCAACAACGUGCGGGAGAAAGUGUACAACAGCUCCACCGGAUCCACUUGCCACCAGUGCCGCCAGAAAACCACUGACACCAAAACCAACUGCCGUAACCCAGAGUGUGUCGGGGUGAGGGGUCAGUUCUGUGGCCCCUGUCUCCGUAACCGCUACGGAGAGGAGGUCAGAGAUGCCCUGCUGAAUCCGGAGUGGCAGUGUCCGCCAUGCAGAGGCAUCUGUAACUGCAGCUUCUGUCGGGCCCGAGACGGUCGCUGCGCCACAGGAGUGUUGGUUUACCUGGCUAAAUUUCAUGGCUAUGAUAAUGUGCACGCCUACCUGAAAGGCCUGAAAAAGGAGUUGGAAGAAAACUCAGACUGAAAUUUGGAGAACGCUGAUCGAGGACCAGAUUGACAUGUUUUAUGACCGUUUCUACACGCACAAGAAAAGUCCAAAUAUUGUUCUUAGUGUUUAAAGCAUUAUAACACAAUGCCAUUUGUUUGUUUUUGUGAAAGCUCACAUAUUUGUCGAGCAUUGACUGACAUCUAGAGGGAGGCCAGUUCUGUGUUAUUGUUCUCCCAUGUAUUUUCCUGCCUGUUGUCAUGAGCUGAGCCCUUGCAUGCUUUGUAAACUUUGUGAGGACAUUUUUUUUUUCUUAAAUUCUCAACAGCCCCUGUGAUCUUAAAUAUUUUAAGAUGAUUCAUGUACAUAUUCCCCUAACAUGUAAAAAAAUCCCUUUUUUUAUAGCUGAAUCUGCAAAGAAAAAUGUGUGCUUCUUUAGAUGAUUACAUUGUUUUAAAUGUAUAUUUUUCUACACAGUCCAUGUGGAACAUCCUUGUGCCUUUUUUUUCUAGUUGCAAAUGUAUCCUUGUAUUUUUUACAAGUUCUGUCGCAUUUUUAAAUCUGCUGAAAAGUUAAGAUGUUGAAAACUAACCACUAAACAGAAUGUUUGCUUCAGUCGGGGUGUCCUGUAGAGCUGGCCGAAUGAUCUGCAACGCUACUGAGGUGGUGCAGGUGGAAAGGGCAAAGACUGGGGUCCACUGCCUCUCUCUUCUAAACCGAGAGGAGCUGUGUGAUAUACUACAGCGCCUGGUUAAAUAUCCUUCAUUAGAUAACUGUCACUAAUGGUGUGGAAACAAUUAGCACACUCUAAUGGGAAUCUCAUACCUGUAAAUCAUUUUAUCCUGUUAAAGCACAUUCUCGCUCUGCUCCAGUCUCUUUGGCUCAUUUUCUGCCUUACACUGUUAAGUAGGAAUGGUUGAAGGUGCCACUGAAGUGGCUAUAGAGUUAUGGCCUGCAUUUUCUGUUCAGAAGUGUAAUACUCCACACGAAAUGACAUGGAAUUAACCUUUGUGUCGUUCAUCUUUGAAAUGUACUUCAUUCGACCUGCAGCAGGACACGCUCUGAUUAUAUGAUACUGUUUCAAAAUAAUCAACGGUUGAGAUUUCUUCUUCAAGGUAAUGGCAGGUGGAGGUUAUCUCACUGCUGCUUGUGUUUAUCAGCCGCCGCACUCCUAACAGGAGGAGUAAUCCUGAACUGUUGAUGUCUGUUAUGGUGAUGGUUGCUUUGCACUCAUUGGGUUAACUGUACAUUUUUAUUAAAGUGUUAAUCACUGCA